AUGGCACACAGGCUCAGCCUGGCUGGCUGGCGUUGGCCAGCAACCCAGCUGCGCUGUGGCAGCGUGCCCAGUCCUCUCCCCAGCCUCUCUCCGCCUCGCCGCCACUCGCCCUCUGCCCCGCAGGCCAUCGCUCCGGGACCGCACCGCAUUCUGCUGGGGUCGGGCGCGGCCACGCCGCCGCUGCUGGUGGAGGCGUUGAUGGGGAGGGGCGCUGAGCUGGCGGGGAGUGAGGUGGUGCACCUGCUCACCCUGGGGCCUGCACCGUAUGCUGAAGAGCCCGCCUGCGCCCACUUCCGCCACACCGCAUAUUUCAUCGGCCCCAACACGCGGCCCGCGGUGGCGGCCGGCCGUGCCGACUGGCUGCCCAUGCACCUGUCUGAGCUGCCAGCCCUGGUGGCUUCGCCCGAGCAGGGGGUGGAUGUGGCGCUGAUCCAGGUGGGCGCCGCCUGGAGCUGCUGGCUGGCCUGCCGCCCCGACGCCCACGGCUUUGUCAGCCUGGGUGCGUCGGUGGACGUAGGCCACGCCGGGUGGCAGGCAGCCACCUCUGUGCUGGCAGAGGUGAACGGCAGCAUGCCCCGCACACACGGCGACACCUUUGUUCCGGUGGAAGCCAUAGACUGCUUCGUACACAACGACAGCCCGCUGCCGGAGCUCGCCCCGCCGGCGGGGCCCCCGGACGAGGUGUCUCUGGCCAUUGGGCGGCACGUGGCAGCGCUGGUGCCAGACGGCGCAACGCUGCAGAUGGGCAUCGGCAAGAUCCCAAACGCGGUGGCACACGCUCUGCGGGAUCACAAAGACCUUGGCCUGCACACCGAGGUGCUGACAGACGGCGUGGUGGAGCUGGUGCAGCGGGGGGUGGUCACCGGGGCGGCCAAGUCGUUCCUGCGGCACAAGGCGGUGGCGGCGCUGGCGCUGGGCUCCACGGAGCUCUACGCCUGGAUGGACGACAACCCCUCCCUCUCCAUGCACCCCUCCUCCUUCACCAACGACCCUGCUGUCAUUGCCCGCAACGACCGCAUGGCCGCCAUCAACGCAGCGCUGUCCGUAGAUCUGACGGGGCAGGUGGCGUCAGACACAUUGGGCGGCAGCUUCUACUCGGGCAUCGGCGGCCAGGUGGACUUCCUGCGCGGCGCGGCCCGCAGCCGCGGCGGCCUGCCCAUCAUCGCCCUGCCCUCCACCGCGGCCGGCGGUGCCACCUCCCGCAUCCUCCCUGAGCUCGGCGCCGGCGCUGGGGUGACCACCUGCCGCGGAGACGUGCACUGGGUGGUGACAGAGUACGGCGCGGCGCAGCUGUGGGGGCGCAGCGUGCGGCAGCGGGCCGCCGCGCUCAUCGGCAUCGCCCACCCUGCGUUCCGGGAGGGGCUGCGCGAGCAUGCGCGCGCGCGGCGCUGGCUGUGA